AUGCCUCAGAACGAGUAUAUCGAGCGCUGGCAGAAGCAGCACGGCAAGCGCCUCGAUCACGAUGAGCGCGCGCGCAAGCGUCAGGCUCGUGAGGGACACAAGGCGUCCCACGAUGCCCAGAACCUGCGUGGUCUGCGGGCCAAGCUGUACCAGCAGAAUCGCCACAAGGAGAAGAUUCAAAUGAAGAAGCGCAUCAAGGCCCAGGAAGAGAAGAACGUCAAGUCCGCCGCACCCGACGAGCCUUCCAAGACUCCUCUGCCCCAGUACCUGCUCGAUCGUUCGCAGGAGACCAACGCCAAGGCCCUCUCCAGUGCUAUCAAGAACAAGCGUAAUGAGAAGGCUGCUAAGUUUGCUGUCCCUCUGCCUAAAGUCAAGGGUAUUAGCGAGGAGGAGAUGUUCAAGGUUAUCAACACCGGAAAGAAGACCCACAAGAAGGCCUGGAAGCGUAUGAUCACCAAGCCUACUUUCGUCGGUAACGACUUCACCCGUCGUCCCGUCAAGUACGAGCGGUUCAUUCGUCCCAUGGGUCUGCGUUACAAGAAGUGUAACGUCACACAUCCCGAGCUGGCUGUCACCGUGCAGCUCCCCAUCCUUUCCGUCAAGAAGAACCCCCAGAACCCUCUCUAUACCCAGCUGGGUGUCUUGACCAAGGGAACAAUCAUUGAGGUCAACGUCUCCGAGUUGGGUCUUGUUACCACUUCCGGUAAGGUUGUCUGGGGUAAAUGGGCCCAGGUGACUAACACCCCUGAGAACGACGGUUGUGUCAAUGCGGUCCUCCUUGUCUAA